AUUUACGUUAGUUUAGUAUGUUAAUAAAGGAAAUCAAACUAAUGUAUUUGUUAAAGGAAGAGGAAGGUUUUCCAUAAAUAAUAGGGUACGGAAAAACUAGCUCAUUUAAUUAUGCCAUUAUGACUUUUUUAGGAAAGAACUUAUCAUAAAUAUCAGCCAAAUGUGGGAAUAAAUUGUCUCUUUAUUCAACUAUAUAAGUUGGAUUAUAAUUAUUAGAUAGAAUAGAGUGUUUUCAUAAAUAUGGACUUAUACACAGAGAUAUAAAACCAGAAAAUAUAGUUAUCGGAAACGAAGAAUAAUACGAAAAAAUAUUUUUAUUAGAUUUUGGUUUGGCAAAAUUUUAUAGAGAUAAAUAAAAAGUACAUAUACCUUAUGUAAAUAAAAAAGGAAUGAUUGGUACAGCUAGAUUUGCUAGUAUAAAUGCGCAUAAUGGAAUAGAAUAAUCACGAAGAGAUGAUUUAGAGAGUUUUGGAUAUACUCUAGUAUAUAUAUUGAGAGGAAAAUUAGCUUGGUAGUGUACGAAUUUAGGAAAAAGUAGAAAUGAGAAAUAUUAAAGAAUAAAAGAAAUAAAAGAAAAUAUUACACUAGAAAAAUUAUGUGAAGGUUGUCCAAAAGAAUUUUAGAGUUUUUUUUAACUUAUUAGAAAUCUAAAAUUUACCGAAGAACCUUAGUACGAUGUAUAUAGGGAAAUUUUUCGAAGUUGUUUAAUAAACAGAAAAAACUAAGAUAAUAAUAGAUUAGAUUGGGAAAAUUUACCUGAAUAUAGGAGAAAUAAAAACACUUCAAUUAUUUUAUAGAAUAAUAAUUUAUAAAAUUCGCUUAUUAAUUUUCCAGUUUUAAAUAAUAAUAAUAAUAAUAUAAAUGCUAUUAAAUUAAAUUCAAUGCCUGUAAUAAGUGAGAACAAAAAUCUAUAUUAAAAUAAAGAAAGUUCGAAUAUAUUAGUAGUCCCUUAAUACUUGUCCAAAGAAUAAAUUUCAAUUUCUUCUUUUGGGGGUUCUAGUAAAUAGAAUAAUUAUUUUACUUUUUCUUAAGAAGAUUCUAUUUAGGACGAAGGAUAGGUAGUUUCUUCGAAUUUAAUUAAUAAAGAUGUUAAUUUUUUAAAUCCGUAAAUUAUUAGGAAUGAUAUUAGGAAAAAUUCGAUUUUUUUUAUUAUUGAUGGUGAUAUAAAAAGAAAUAGUAAUAAUAAUGAACAUUAGGAAGAUUUUAAUAAAUUUUAAUAAUAAAAUAAUGAUAAAUAAAAUACAGAAAUUUAAGAAUAUUAAGAAGUAAAUUCUAAAUUUUCAAUAUAUUAAUAAGAUUAGAGUAUCUUUUAAGCCUUAAAUGAAAAUGUAUUGGAUAAUAAUAGUAGCUCACCAAUAAAAGUUAAUGUUUUUAUAACAUAAUUGAAUAAAAACAAUUUAAACAUUUGA